AUGGAGAAAUGGAAUAAACCUUCAAGAGAUCAUAGAAAACAACACCAAAGAGAAAACCCAUCUUUCUCUUCAACUCUUUUAGACGUAAUCUAUCGCUCGAUCGACGAAGGUCAUCACAAAACAGAGGAAAAACAAGAGAAACUCAUCUUCUACAAAGAAUCAUCAACAACCAUGAGGAAGAUGAAGAGUGUUGUUGAAGCUGAAAAAUCAAACUUUAGAAAAACAAGAAAAGUUGAGAAUUUGAAUGGAAGAAACUCUUUAACAGAAUAUGAAAGAACAACAAGAAGCAAUUCAAACACACUCUCCAUGCAUUCAAGUUCAUCAUCCUCAGAAUCAAGUUCUGCUGGUGGAUUUUCUUCAUCAGAUUCAGAAUCUUUCUAUGGUUUACAUAAACCAAAACCUAUUAGAACAAGCGUUUCUGAAAAACCAAACAUUGAUUCACUUAAUCAUAGCCAUAACCAUAACCAUUUUGUUCAAACUCAAAAUCCCAAAAAUGAAAACAGUUUUGGAAAAACAAAGUCCAAAGCUUUAAGAAUUCUAUACGGUGAUUUGAAGAAAUCAAAGCAACCCAUUUCACCUGGUGCUAGACUCGCAAGCUUUUUGAAUUCACUUUUCACUUCUAGUGGAAAUACCAAGAAAUCAAAAGUAUCAUCAUCAGCUACGAAAAUAGCUACAAACUCUGUUUUGGAAGCAAAAUCAGCACAAGCUUCAACAUGUUCAUCAGUUUCAUCUUUUUCAAGGUCUUGUUUGAGUAAAACUCCUUCAUCAAGAUCAGGUACUAAAAGAUCAGUUAGAUUUUGUCCAGUUAGUGUUAUUGUUGAUGAAGAUUGUAAACCUUGUGGACACAAGAAUUUGCAUGAAGGUGAAAAGGGUUUGGUAGCUAAUUCAAUGUAUGAUGGAAAAAAUACUAGUGAAGAAUUGAGGUUGCAUGUGAUACAAGAAAGUAGAAGGGUUCAAGAGUUAGCUAGAGAUUUGUUGAAGAAUUAUCAGAAAAAAAAUGAAGUUGAUUUUGAUAUGAAAUUUGAAGAUGAUGAUGAUGAUGGAGCUAGUUGUUCAAGUUCUGAUUUAUUUGAAUUGGAUAAUUUAUCAGUGAUUGGGAUUGAGAGGUAUAGAGAAGAAUUACCAGUGUAUGAAACUACUCAUUUCAAUCCCAAUAGAGUUAUUUCAAAUGGGUUUCUUAUGUAA